CCUGCAGAUGAUUGAGAAACGACCCCCAAGAACCUCGCGCUGGUGCUCACCUUCCAGCUUUGAUCAUCAGAUAAGUCAUGUCUCGGUGACAGAAGGAGAAUCGUCGGUGCAGUGCCGCUGCUUUGACCUUGUGGGGUUUCGUGUGGCGUUGCUCUCCGUGCCCGUCAUGAGGCGUGUGGCGUACUUCAACCAUUGCACUUUGCACAAGACUGACCAUGCCGUACGCUGACCCCGACCGUCCCCUCUCAUAUGGGGGCCAUCUGCCUCAGUGUAUCGUUGCGUUAUUGCGGCACUGAGACACUCGACUAUCACCAAGGCAGCAUGAAAUGUCUUGCCAAUAUAAGACGGGCAGACAUCGUCGUGGCAGAACACAUCAUCGCAAUCCUGCGCAAAUCUCUUCGAUACUUUUUCUACUAGACAAUACUAUCAUCUUUGGACUAUCGGCAGCAUUCGACCGACAUCAACAUCUCCCACCAUCAUGUCUUCGCCCCAGCCCAACCCCCAACAGCCAUCCGCUGGGAGGGCAACAGGAGCGUCUGGCGGUGCAUACGGCAAGUUUCCCUGCAGAAAUGCAUGGAGUGAAGGACAUCCCAGAGAGUAUCAUUUGGUGGAUACUGCUGAUGCUCUGUGUGCUUCGUGCCAGUGCGAACCUCGCCCGCGGCGCUGAAAAAGGUACCGCGUCCCGGCAACUUCGUACGAGAGCCAACUGAAUGACGGCAUCGCGUCUUGUCGAGCUCAGCAAUCGAGUACUGAGAUGACCGUUCAAAGGAUGCGAAGGA